GUGUUGUUUGAUAAUUUUAUUCGCGUGUUUUAUAACCGAUUUUCCGUGCUAACCCGAGAAGGAACAAAUGAACUGGUCUAAAGAUAACUGCGUUACGAGAUAGAUAUUGUGUAGACUGAAGAGACGUAAAAAGAGGGGAGUUGAGGUAGAAUCGGACAGUACAGAACAAUUUCAAAAUGGGGAACCGCCCCCUCGUUUCGUCUAUGCUCAAGUUUUAUUUAUUAUUUAUACUUUUUAAAGAAACUUUUCAAAAUGCCAGGAAUAAAAGACAAAUUCAGCCUGAUAUGCCACGGAUACUGACACAGAAUGGUCAUCUUGUGUUUCAGACCGGCACCAACCAUAAUAUUACAUUCCGAGCCACAAAUGGUGGAUUUGUAAAUGUCAAUGGUGAUAACUUAGCUGUGAUAACUCAAACAGUGAAGGAUAACAAGUUGGCUAUAGACCAGCUUCGUACCGCCCCGACGGCAUCAUCCAGCAUCGAGACAAGACUGUCAAAUAUUGAGGGGCAAUUGAAUAACCUGCAGCCGACAGGAGCAGUACAAACACAACUGUUGACACUUGGUCAUCGGAUAGAUUUACUUCAAGCAACACUUCCAGCAAAUAUUGAGACGAGGUUGACGCAGAUUGAGAAUGGCCUAAGCAACCUACAGUCAACAGGAGAGGUUGCCAAUCUUAUUACUGAUCUAACAUCUAGGCUCAGCAGAGUGGAAACCAGGAUAACGUCACUGGAAAAUGGAAACGGCCUUCAGCAAGUGUUGUUCAGGGUCAGCCAAUUGGAAACCACUGUUGAAAAUCUGCAAACGUUACUGACCACCAAUGAAUGUAGCAGCAAUCCAUGUAGAAAUGGAGGAACAUGUGUGGAUACUUACAAUGGCUUCUUCUGUAGAUGUCCAGACUCUUUCCAGGGUCCAAACUGUGAUGAUGAUGUUAAUGAAUGUUCAAUCUAUGCUGGUACUGAUCUUGGGUGUCAGAAUGGAGCAACUUGUGUUAAUACCAUUGGAAGCUUUACAUGUCAAUGUACAACCAAUUGGCAUGGUGUAAGAUGUACAGAGAAUCAUGAUGAUUGUACAGGGGCGUCAUCUGCGGAACUCUGUGGUCACGGAACUUGUGUCAACACACCAAGAGUUCAACCAGGACAGCCAAAAUAUACAUGUAUAUGUGACGAUGGCUGGACAAACUCGGGCUCGGACCCAGCUUGCGUGAUGGACGUUAAUGAAUGCACAUCAAACAGACCACCUUGCUCAGUGAACCCACCAGUGCCUUGUAUUAACCUUCCAGGAUCAUUCACAUGUGGAUCGUGUCCUGCGGGUUACAGUGGUAAUGGGUUUGUCUGUACAGACAUAAAUGAAUGUGCCGUAAACAAUGGAGGAUGUUCCAUGGCUCCUAUGGUUCAGUGUACAAACACACCCGGGUCUCGAACCUGUGGACCCUGUCCUGCAGGUUAUCAAGGAAAUGGUGUGUCUUGUAACUGGGUCGGAGUAUGUCAAAACAACAAUGGUGGAUGUCACCCACAGGCAGCCUGUACAGAGAGCCCAGGUUUUGAAGGUAGAACAUGCACAUGUGCCCCAGGUUAUGUUGGUAAUGGUAUUGGGUCAUCAGGUUGUGUGGCACAGGGGCCUGUUACUGGACCAUGUGGUAGCACCCCUUGUAUGAAUGGAGCAGCGUGUCAGAAUGUCAAUGAUAAUAGCUAUAGAUGUGUGUGUCAACCAGGGUAUACUGAUCAAAAUUGCCAGACAGAUUUUAAUGAAUGUGCGUCAAAUCCUUGUCAGAACGGAGGCUCCUGUACUGACCGAGUGAAUGGCUAUGUUUGUCAGUGUACUGAUUCUUACACAGGCAGCAACUGUGAGAUUGAACAGCAAACAUGUGGAGGCACGUUGAAUGGUGAAUCUGGGUCAUUCCGGUACCCAAUGGUUUCUGGUACCCAAUAUCCACAUGAUGUCAGUUGUGCAUGGAGAAUUACAACAACCUAUGGAAAGAUUAUAAGGGUUACUUUCCCACAAUUCAACAUUGAACCACAUCCAAACUGUGACUAUGAUUUCCUUCAAAUGAACGAUGGACCGACUGCAGCCUCGUAUGCUAUCGGGAGAUAUUGUGGUAGCAACCCCCCUAACAACGGUCAGCCAAUCAACAGUACACAUCAUCAGUUGUAUUUCUGGUUCAAGUCGGACGUAUCUGUAGCAAGUGACGGUUUCACGGUUCAAUGGACAUCUGCUUUGCCAGUAUGUGGAGGUAACCUUGAAGGGACAGAUCAUGGUGAAUUUUCCAGUCCUGGUUACCCUGGCAACUACCCACAUGACCGUGACUGUGUUUGGACAAUAAGUGUGUCGCCAGGCAACAACAUUAUGUUUACAUUUGCUACAUUAGAUCUUGAGGUUCAUCCUGACUGCAACUAUGACUAUCUUGAGAUUCGUGAUGGUGGACUUGAUACAAGUCCGGUUUUGAAGAAAUACUGUAACACAACUUCACCAGCCCCUCUGUCCACCACAGGUCCUACUGCCUGGGUUAAAUUCCACUCAGAUUCCAGUGUCAACACAGGAAGUGGAUUUCAUAUCACAUAUGCUGCUAUUUCAGCCGACUCUGGUUGUGGAGGUACAUUUACCGCUGAGUCAGGCAUUUUAAUCUCACCAAACUAUCCUAAUGCUUACAAUCACGAUGCUCAGUGUGUGUGGAUUGUUCGUGUCAGUGACCGUGACAGGAUCUCUCUUACCUUCACGAAUAUGGACCUAGAGGGACACGUGGAUUGUCAAUAUGAUUAUAUUGAGGUAUGA